AUGCUUGUGCUUUGUCAUAGUUCUACCAAGAUUAGACAGUUUGCUCCUAGAGUUAGGAAGACAGUUCUUAUGGGUUAUUCAGAGACACAAAAGGGUUAUAGAUUGCUAAAUUUAGAGUCUAAUGCUUUUUUGACAAACACAGGAGAGUGUAAAGACUUGUUCAUGUCUUCAGAUUCUCUAGGAUCAGUUCCUAGUGUCCUUGAUGAUGUUCCAAGGGCAACACCUUCAUCCAUAGACCACACCACACAACCAGAUCAAGUGACUACAUAUGCUCCUGAUAUACCUAUUGAGCAAUUGCCUCCAGAUCUUAUGGAGGGUCCUACCAUGGUUGAGUCAACCACAAAUACUAUAGAUGACACAGAUCAAGCAGCAACUUUAGUUGAUGCUGUAGCGGAAGUUACUGAUAUCCCUAACAACACCAUCCCUUCUGAAAAUUCUAGUAGGCCAAGUAGAACCCUAAAGAUCCUAUUUGGCAUAAAGAUUAUGUUUUGCAGCACAAGGCUAAUUCAUCUUGCUUAUAUCCCAUUAGAGAUUGUUUAUCCUGCUCUCAUCUUAGUGUUGCAUAUCAAGACUAUAUUGCUAUUUUUUUUAGUUGCCCUUGAACCAUCUAGUUUCACAGAUGCAUCUAGGCAUGAACAUUGGGUUGAGGAAAUGCAAGCAGAAGUGGAUGUUUUGGAGCAGAAUAAGACAUGGGUAAUGGUUGACUUGCCCUCUGGCAAGAGAGCUAUUGGUUCUAAAUGGGUGUAUAACGUGAAACAUAAGGCAAAUGGUGAAGUAGAAAGAUAA